UGGAGAAAUCGCUUAAACACCUCAGCUGCUUGCCUAGUAAAUUAAAAGCAAGGUGUUGUCUCUUAAACACAACCAAAGGAUCGUUUAUGGAACAUUCUUCACUUCAGCUCUCCUUGGAAACACAACAGACAAUGCAAGCCUUAGAUCGCAAGCCCAUCAUCCUGUGCCGGGUCUGCGGGGACAGAUCUUCUGGAAAACACUACGGGGUUUUCACCUGCGACGGAUGCCGAGGUUUUUUCAAGAGAAGUAUCCGUCGUAAUUUAACAUAUCAGUGCAAGGAAAGAGGCAACUGUACUGUGGAUGUAACGCGACGAAAUCAAUGCCAGGCUUGCAGGUUAAAGAAGUGCUUUGAAGUUAAGAUGAACAAAGACGCCGUCCAACACGAGCGAGCCCCACGCUCCUCGCAGGUUGUCCCAGUUGUCCCCACGUGCUCAGUGCUCAGUGGUUCGUAUGAACAACCUCCUGCACACGCUAUCCCAGAACAGCUAUAUUCUUAUUCCAAAAGCAACCCGGGUGACAGAUCACAGCGCCGGGGCAGCCCUGAGCGAGAACUGGACUCGAACAGAUCGAGCGACAUAUCACGCUUCUCGCCCCCAGUCCCUCAGUACCACGGCCAGAAUAACAACCAGUCACCAGACUCCUCCAAGAAGCGCAACUUUCUUUCCAUAGCAAGUCUGAUCGACACAAAAGACAACUCUGCGCAGCCUUCACCAAGUACUACUGACACUAGCCCUAAACACGAGAGUGAAGACCCCAGAGAAAGGUCACCACUUGUGUACCAGCCCUCCCCAGAGUCUGUAUAUGAGUCGGCUGUGCAGUUAUUGUACAUGUCAGUCACUUGGGCAAGAAACAUACCAACAUUUUUGGAUCUUCCUUUCCGUGAUCAAGCAAUCUUGCUGGAGGAAGGAUGGAGUGAGCUUUUCGUUCUGAGCGCCGCCCAGUUCUCUUUACCAGUAGAUAUGGGGCCACUUCUGUCUGCAGCUGGUCUACAGGUAGAUAAAGCUCCCACAGAUAAAAUCGUGGCGGGAAUGGCAGACAUCCGUCUGUUACAAAAUGUGGUGGCGAGAUUCAAGCGGGUGGAGAUUGACUCUACUGAGUAUGCGUGUUUGAAAGCCAUUGUUCUAUUCAAGCCAGACCUUCGUGGUCUCCGAGCACCUCACAUGGUUGAAAGACUUCAAGAUCAAGCACAAGCCAUGCUGGGAGAACAUUGCCGCAGCCAAAAUCCUGACCAGCAAGUGAGAUUCGGAAAGCUGUUGUUGAUGCUACCAUCAUUACGAUCAGUCAGUCCCAAGAUGAUAGAAGACUUGUUCUUCCGCGGAGCUCUUGAUAACGUACCCAUCGAGAGAAUGCUGUGUGAUAUGUUUAAAUCUAGCUAAGCUGAAUGGUAUGCUUUCGUGCAAAAUACAUUGCUUCUCGGUUUUCGUUAUAAAGAGGUACAUGUUAUUCGUAAGAAAUGUUGAAUAAUAAUUAACUCAGUAGGCCUAGAUGAUAUCAGCUAUCAAUUUCCAAAGAGCGCGAGCUCCAAAAAAGCACUCGUGUAGCGUGGACACCCUGUGCCGAGCGCGGGAUACGAGUGGGGCCUUUGCGCUAAGCGCGGGAAGCAAGGGGGCUAACUGUGCUAAGCGCAGGAAAUAGUUGACGUCGAUUCCAAAUUAGUUUAAAUCGAUUCAGUUGAAAUAUAAUUUAAUUUUAGGCCUCACGUUUGGUAAUAUUGCAAAGAAUCAAGUUAAAAAUUAAAAUAAGUCGAAAAUAACUGUGGUAUGUGCACAUGUAGAUAGUUACUUUAUUUGUAGUUUUCUGCAUGUUUCGGUACAUGUGUUGUUUUUUAUGGGAUGGAAAAAAGGUAAGCAUUGGUGUUUUUCCUUAGUCAUUUUCUACCAACUUUUCAGCUUUGAUAUCUCUAUUUGAAGGCUUUUAAAGCGACGUUUUUUGGAAUAGUCCAUGGUGUAAAAAUUUUUUUGUCUUGAGUUCAAGUUUUAUUUCGUAAAAAUUAGCUUAAAAGAUUCAUUGCCGAGAUAGCUCGCAAGCAUUCAGUAGAUUUAAAGCUCUGCGAAUGCGAACAAAUGCAAAUUAUCUCUUUACUGUUCAGCUGAAUUGUGGGGAUUUCCGACAAGAAAUGAGUUUUAUAAUGUUCCUAUCUAACGAUAUUCUGGAUGAAUUCCUUUGAAAUGAAAAGGAUAAACUAAAAGGAGAGUUUGUUAAGAUAAACGAAAACCAGAGUAAUAAAAGUAUAAACAAAUAUGAAGAGUCACUUCGAUUGAGAGCAGAACUUAGUAAACAUUUUGAUAGGAAAUGUUCACUUUGUAUCUGAAAAUUUUUUUUUAAACGUUUGGUUACGAAGUAUUUAUAGAAUAGCGAAAAUAUUUAGUAAACUUAUGUAUAUAAUGUAAAAAUUUGUAGCAUACAGUAUUUCAAAACAUUUAAGUGGAUGUAUCAAUUUUUUUUUCAACUUGUCUAAUUCUAAGUAAUACAUUCUAUUAUUUUCGCCUGAUCAAAUGGAGCGAGUUUGUAAUAGGUGUAGUGAGACUGCGCGGUAAAGACUUCAGUCGAGUUUUUAAAUGUAUAUUCAUAAGCA